AUGACCAACUCCCCCCGCCGCAGCUUCUGGCGCAAGGUCUUCUGCAUGGCCGACGUCGAGGCCGAGAAGCGCAAGUCGGUCGACACGACCACUUCGACCUUCGAGGAGAAGCCCGUCGUGGCGCCGACGACUGUCAAGCCCAGCGCCCCCGCGCCGGCGCCCAAGCCCGCCCCCGCGCCCAUCCCCAAGUUCACCGUCAAGCCCAAGGACGCGGCCAAGCCUGCCCCGAAGACCGUCCCCGCCGCGUCCUUCGCGCGGACCGGCGGCUCGACGACCCGCUCGACUAGCACCCGCUACGACAACUACACCACCACGCCGAUGGUCGUCCCUGACGUCUGCGACAACUCGGCGCCCAUGGAGCCGCGCCACCACGGUGGCCACCACUCUGGCGGGCAUGACUCGGGCCCGUCGACCGCGUACGACCCGCCCUCGACGUCUUACGACCCGCCCUCGACCACGUUCGACUCGGGCCCCUCGUACGACUCUGGCCCGUCGUUCUCGAGCGACUCGGGCGGCGGCGGCGGCUUCGACUCUGGUGGUGGCGGCGGCGGGUGCGACAGCGGCAGCUCGUCGUGGUAG